ACAUGUCUUGGCGAAGAUCGUNUUAUUUGUCAGUGUAUGCGUGAAAAAAGCCUUUAAUGACUAUGAAUUUAUGAUGAAUAAGGUAAUCUCAAUCUCAUGCUUAAAUAGAUUUAUGAGUCAUAUUAAGACGCAUCUAAAUAAGAUCAUCUUGACCAAGAUAUUCCUUAAAACGUUUGCUCAAGUUCCGUCUUAUUUUUGACUAUGAAUCUAGAGAGCGUCUUAAGACUAAACUUACGGCAAUCUUAAAAAUAAGUACGGACUAUGAAUACGACCCUAAGAGGCAAUUAAAAACAAGACUUAAAGGAUAUAUUAACAAUAUCAAACGUGAUUCUUCCCAACUGUCAGUAAUUUCAAAACACAGGACGGAUCUCAAUCAUUCUUUCAAUUAGAAAAAUGUUCAGAAUUUAGAUCGUGAACCUAAUUAUUAUAAAAGAUUGAUUUCCGAGAUGAUCCACAUAAAGCAACAGUCACACGAUUUGAAUUCUGUUAACGAUUUAGAAUUAUUUGACACUUCAAUUUAUUGAAUUGUUUGCACCGUUAAGCUUACCCCGAUAAACAAUCUCUUUGGAGGGAAUACUUGUAUAAAUCUCUUCCUUCUUAUCUCCGACUCCAACAUCUGACUGUGUGGUUCUAAGUUGUCAUCUAAAUGGCUAUAAGACCAAGUUUUGUGCAGACAGAUAUUAAAGUUCCAGAAUUGAAUAUGAACAUUACAAAUGUCGCGAAAACCCGACGAACAAGAAGUACCAAUUGCACAAAAAUAGAAAGAAAUGAUAUAAGUUCGGUCUGUAAAACAAUCACUACGAUGUCUAGAGCACGAAAGAGGAAAGGAAAGUUACAAAGUUUUGUUUCCAAAAGCACAGUUACCAAGAAUACAAGUUUUACAAAUAGAAAAAACGUAAAAAGACACAGACGUAAAAUACGACAUUUUACUAUGAAUCAUAAUGUUAUUCAUCCACAGUCUAUUCCUAUAAAACAUUCAAAAAAGACACAAGAAAUUGUAGAAAUUUUUGAUAAUACUACAUUAAAGAGUAGUAAUUCUGAAUUAUCCAGUAAAUAUUCUAAAUUUAAUAGACAAGCAAAGACGAUAAAAAAACAGCAUAAUUUUAAUAUUAACGUUAAUCAAAAGAUUCAAGACCAAUUGCCUUCUGAACAAAGUGAUCAUAAAAAUCAAUGUUAUAAUUCAGAAAAUCAACAGUUGCAUUUAUUGAGCAAUCAAAAUAAUGUAAGAGUAAUUUCUGAGAAUGUUCAGCAACAAGGUAAAUUCAAGAAGUCUUCUAUUAAGUCUUCUCCAUCGAUACAAAAAAGCAAACUGCAUCAAUAUGAAAAUGCAGUAUUUAACAGAUUUAACGAUCCGACUUUUACACCUAGCUAUGAAAUGCCAACUUUAGCGUCGAGAUUAAAACGUUCAAAUAAGUCAUAUUUUAGCAAAUUUAACUUCCGGAACAUUCCUUUUGUAGUAGGAACUUCGGUAACACCGAGUCAUAAUCUUGGACUAAAUAUUCAACAAGUAUUGAAUGUAAUAAAGAUGAGGCAGCCACUAGCGAACGAUAUUGCUCCAUUGCUGAUUCAGAAAGUUGGUAAGAGUAUGAAUCCAGUAUUGAAUUGUUUGGAGCAAAUAAAUGAUCAAUGUGAAAAUUUGUUUUUUAACUCAAACCAGCAAAUAAGUAAAACUUUUAAUAAUAAAGUAAACCUAAACAUGAGCAAAGAUAAAAACUUUUCUAUACUUAAUUUACAAAAUGUAGAAAAAACGCAAAAUGUUUGUGUACCAAAUAUCUCUGACAACGCAAAACUGCUUUCUGAAAAAGAUAACAAUAAUGCUAAACAGCUCUCUAAAGAGGAAAAAGAUGAGCAUAAGAUUAAACGACAAUUUUCUUCUAUUAUAAACAUACUUAACUUACCGGUAUAUACAAAAGAUCAGAGAGAUAUUUCCGGAAAAGUUGUAAAUAAGUACAAAAUCGGCAAUUAUAAUGCGCACAUUUCUGUCUCGCGUAAUUCUAAAGAAAUACGUGAUAUUUUGACAAAUAUUUACAAUCAGUUUGAAGAAAUGAACAAAAAAUACGAAAAACUGCUAUCAGAAGUGGAAAAGUCUAACGACAAAUCUGUAGCAAAGAAGCUAUCUGUCUUAGAAAAAGAACUCAAUGUAAAAGAAAAAGAAAUUAAUGCAAUGAUUGGCCUUUGCAAAGAAGUGAUGGUGCUGAAGCAACAAGUGAAUAUGUUGCGCAAACAGAACAGCCCCGUUUGCACAGAGUUAGCCAAAGACAUUUCUUGCAAAACUCCUUUUCCCAUAUCAAUUUUAUCUGAUAAAUUGCAAUCGAUAAAUUCGACGGAAAUUUUCGACGAAAGAAAAAUUUUUAGUGUAACCCGGAAGCAGCCAGCUGCUAUACAAUUGACUGCAUUGUUGCGACAAAUUCAGACCUUUCAUAAACAACUGCAACUUGUAUUGUAACACUAUAUAUAUCGAGUUACGAUGAACACAACUUAAGUGUGCCCAUAAGAAGUAAAUUUUUAUAUCGAAUAUAAAUAAAUUUCCUGCUGACAGCAAUUCUUUUAUGUAGAAUAAAAUUGAAAGAAGAUGAGAAAUCGACUUUUAUUGUAUAAAAAUAAAAGUUUUAAUAUCACUACUUUUUCAGUUAUUUUUUGUUUAGUCAUAAAUAAUUACUGCUUUGAAUUAUAAGAUUAAUAUUUCCAGAUGAAAUGUUUAAUUAUAUUAAAAUCAAUUAGUUGCUUUUUAUUUAGCUUUUAUUGUAAUAGAACUUUUUUUUGUGUUCAUUACAAACACAAAUAUUUUUCUUUCAAUUAUUUUUUCAAUAAAGAAUGCUGUUUUAUCUGAUUCAGUUAUAAGAUUUUCUCUCUCUAUAGAAAUCGUCAACUUUAAUUUCUUCCUAUAUCAGAGGAAACGGUAGAAAAAUCAUUUCUCUUCAUGUUUACUCUUUCAAAGCUUUUACAAAGAAUAAAUAACAAACUUAGUGAGUACUCUACACACACACGCGCGCGCACACACACAC